AUGGAUCUGUUGACCGGAGUUACACCUCCGAUGAGGACAAGUUUUGUCUCUUCAUUUCGCAAGAGGAGACAAAGCUCUGUAUUCGGUUCAUUUACUUCUUCCCCAAGCAAUCAGGCGCUUCUCAUUAACAAAGAUGAGAUCCAAAACUCUGUUGUAACAUCCAUCAAAUCAUUUGUUGCUUCUCAUCUUAAGCUAUCAGUCCCUGAGGAUCUUUCGAUUCCUCAAGAAUACCGUAGCUGCACGUUCUCUCAAUCCGUUCUCAACGGAAUCAAUGUUCUAUGUGGAGUAUCUUUACUUGCAAUGCCUUACGCAGUGAAAGAAGGAGGAUGGUUAGGGCUUUUCAUACUCUUAUCCUUUGGUAUCAUAACUUUCUACACAGGUAUUCUCCUCAAGAGAUGUCUCGAGAAUUUGCCCGGAAUCCACACUUACCCGGACAUCGGUCAAGCUGCAUUCGGCACCACUGGACGCAUCCUAGUCUCUAUACUUCUCUACGUGGAGUUAUACGCAUCGUGUGUGGAAUACAUAAUCAUGAUGAGUGAUAAUUUGUCAGGGAUGUUCCCAAACACAUCCGUAUAUAUCACUGGAGUAUCUCUAGAUUCUAAUCAAGUUUUCGCCAUUACCUCGACUCUUAUUGUUCUUCCGACUGUCUGGCUCAGAGACCUUAGCUUAUUGUCCUAUCUCUCAGCCGGAGGUGUCUUCUCUUCAAUCUUGCUUGCGCUUUGCCUCUUCUGGGUUGGAUCAGUCGACAAGGUUGGAUUUCACCUAAGCGGAAAAGCUCUCGAUUUAACUAAUUUACCCGUCGCAAUCGGAAUUUACGGGUUCGGUUUUGGGAGUCACUCUGUUUUUCCCAACAUAUACUCAUCCAUGAAAGAGCCUUCCAAGUUUCCUAUGGUGCUUCUCAUCAGCUUUGGGUUUUGUACGGUAUUUUACAUCGCUGUAGCGGUUUGCGGAUACACGAUGUUUGGCGACGCGAUUCAGUCACAGUUCACAUUGAACAUGCCUCAACAUUUCACCUCAUCAAAAAUCGCAGUCUGGACAGCGGUCGUUACGCCAAUGACGAAAUACGCUUUAACCCUCACUCCAGUAGUGUUAAGCCUAGAAGAACUCAUACCGUCUUCGUCAAGAAAGAUGAGAUCAAAAGGCGUGUCUAUUCUCUUUAGAACCAUCUUAGUUCUCUCUACUUUGGUCAUUGCACUCACUGUCCCAUUCUUCGCUACUGUCGCGGCUCUUAUUGGAUCUUUCAUCGCAAUGCUUAUCGGGUUAAUAUUCCCGUGUCUAUGUUAUCUCAGCAUUAUGAAGGGUAGAUUAACUAAGUUUCAAAUCGGAGUUUGUAUUUUCAUCGUCAUUAUUGGCGUUGUGAGCGGUUGCUGCGGGACAUACUCUGCUAUCGCCAGAUUAAUCGGCGAAAUGAGUUAA